UUACGUUUCACUUUUAUUUAUAUACGCUGUAGCAAAUUAUCAGUACUAGUUUGAAGGUUGCAGUUAGUUUGUUGUUGAAAUAUAAAGUUAGACUAAAAAUAAUUUACAAAAUACAAUGGCCCCGCCUAAUGACAACCUCGUCUGGGUAUCACCCUUAAACAAGGAAUUCAUCAAACCCGGAGUGGACAAAAAGUGCCCUUGGAAGCCAACUUUGAACCAAACAGUACCGUCACCCCAUACAAAACAAGACUGGAAGCAAAAAUACCCAAAAGGAGUUUUUCCAGAUGUUUUAUCAAUGAUUGGUAAUACUCCUUUAGUGAAACUGAACAGUAUACCUCAAAAGGCUGGAUUGGAGUGCAAUAUUUAUGCAAAAUGCGAAUUUGUUAAUCCAGGCGGCUCAAUAAAAGACCGCAUGGUCCGUAGAAUGUUCGAAGAUGCAGAAAACCAAGGCCUCAUCAAACCUGGAAUGACUAUCAUAGAGCCUUCAUCUGGCAACACUGGCAUUGCAGUUGCUUUGGUGUCAGCCUUAAAAGGCUACAAAUGCAUUAUUGUAAUGUCUGAAAAAAUAUCUGAAGAAAAAGAGGCUGUUAUUACGUCACUUGGUGCCAAAGUAGUACGAUGUCCAGUUAAUCAAAGCUCAUUUGAUAAAGGAGGUCUUUUUGGUACUGCUAGCAGGUUGAAACAAGAAACACCUAACUCGUUUAUUUUUGAUCAAUUUAAUCAUCCUGGAAAUCCAUUGACCCACUAUGACACAACUGCCAACGAAAUCCUGGAACAACUAGACAACAAAGUGGACAUGUUGGUUUUCGGAGGUGGUACCGGCGGUACUGUUACAGGAAUGGGCAGAAAGUUCCGUGAAGUUUCACCCCAAACAAAAAUAGUCGGGUUUGAUCCAGAAGGUUCUAGUUUUGCUUAUCCGGCAAGUUUGAAUAAAAGUGAUGUAACGUUUUGGGAAAUAGAAGGUAUCGGGUACGAGUUUGUUCCUGGUACUCUAGACCAAUUGGUGUGUGAUUAUUGGGUCAAAACUAAUGACGUAGAGUCUUUGCAAAUGGGUAGGAGGCUAAUGAAGGAGGAAGGGCUGCUUGUAGGUAUGAGUGCUGGGUCAGCGGUUUCAGCAGCAAUAAAAGCGGCCAAAGAUCUAAAAAAAGGCCAAAACGUCGUCGUUUUUAUGCCGGACAGCAUCAGAAACUACAUGACCAAAUUCGUAUCGGACCGCUGGAUGGAAGCCAAAGGCUACCAACCUUGUGAAAAUAAAAACAACUUGUGGUGGUGGGACAAACUAGUCUCAAGUAUUAAGUUGAGAAGUCCAGAGUUGGUCCAGGGAAGUGAUUCUUUGGAGGUUGUUUUAGGACGUUUGCAAGCGAAAAAUUCUCAAGAAGCUGUUGUAAUGCAAUCAAAUGGGAGUAUGUUAGGCACAGUGACAAUCCAAACGGUUAGAAACAAGCUUAUUUCAGGCAUGUUGCAGCCUGGUGACCAAGUGGAACGUUGUACCACUAGGAUUUUGCCCAAAUUGGAUGACAAGGCGACAUUGGGGCGGGCUUUUAGGGUUAUUGAAGGCGAUAAGUUUGCAGUUGUAAUAGAAACCCAUGGUGUUGGUAAAGAUAAGGUUGAGAAACCUUUGGGGGUGCUUUAUGGUGAAGAUUUGUACGACUUUAUUGCUAAGGGACAAUAACUUUGUUUAUAAUAAUAUAACAAAGGGCUAAUAAUUAAUUGAAGAUUACUCAGUUUUCCAUAUGAAAAUUAUAAACAUUUAAAAUGACUAAUACUAAAAUAUGUUAUGUAAAUUGUAUAUAAAAUUGUGAUAACAUUAAGUGUUUUCAAAAGAUUACUGAGGAUUGGUUUAUAAGUGGACGGUUAUCUAGUUUAGCUGACACUUAACUAAUAAUAGUUACUAACUGAAUAUAACCGUCCACUGAAAAACCGAUCUUAAGAGUCAUAGUUUAAAAUUACUUUUCUGUAUUCCAUUCUAUAUGUGUUUUAAAAUUAAAUGAAGAUUAUCAUUGUAA